AGCUCUCCUCCGGCUUUCCCCGCGAAUGGCUCAGAAGGAGAACGCCUACCCGUGGCCCUACGGCUCGCAGACGUCUCAUUCAGGUCUGAACACCCUGCCCCAGAGAGUCCUGCAGAAGGAGCCUGCUCUGACAUCUGCGCUCACCCUCAUGAACCGGUCCAAUGGCCAGUCCACAGCUGCCCCUGGCCAGAAGUUGGCUGAAAGUGUCAGUCGGGGUCCCAAUGCCUUGCGGUCCCUCACUAUCGACGACUUUGAGAUUGGGCGUCCUCUGGGCAAAGGCAAAUUUGGAAAUGUGUACUUGGCUCGGGAGAAAAAAAGCCAUUUCAUCGUUGCGCUCAAGAUCCUCUUCAAGUCUCAGAUUGAAAAGGAGGGAGUGGAGCACCAGCUACGCCGAGAGAUCGAAAUCCAGGCACACCUGCAACAUCCCAACAUUCUUCGGCUGUACAAUUACUUCUAUGACCGGCGUAGGAUCUACUUGAUACUGGAAUACGCCCCGAGGGGAGAACUCUACAAGGAACUACAGAAGAACCGAACUUUCGAUGAGCAGCGAACAGCCACGAUCAUGGAGGAACUGUCAGAUGCGCUGAUGUACUGCCACAAGAAGAAGGUGAUUCACAGGGACAUAAAACCUGAGAACCUGCUGUUAGGUCUCCAGGGCGAGCUGAAGAUCGCGGACUUCGGCUGGUCUGUGCAUGCUCCCUCCCUGAGGAGGAAAACCAUGUGUGGCACGCUGGACUAUCUGCCCCCAGAGAUGAUUGAGGGGCGCAUGCAUAACGAAAUGGUAGAUCUGUGGUGCAUCGGGGUGCUUUGCUAUGAACUGAUGGUGGGGAACCCACCCUUUGAGAGCCCUAGCCACAGUGAGACAUACCGUCGGAUUGUCAAGGUGGACCUGAAGUUCCCCCCUUCUGUGCCUGAGGGGGCCCAGGACCUCAUCUCCAAGCUGCUCAAGCAUAAGCCCUCAGAACGGCUGCCCCUGGCCCAGGUCGCAGCUCACCCGUGGGUCCGGGCCCACUCUCGGAGGGUACUGUCUCCCUCUGCCCUUUAGCUUGCUUCAUUUUUGUCCCUGUUGUUUGCUCGGUUUUGUUUGUAAAUUUGUUUAUGUGUUGGGGAAGGGGAGGGUUGUUCACAACUAUCCCCAACUCCCAUUCUAGGGAAUCUGAUCCCUCCUCUGACCUGCACAGGCAAAACCAGGCCCACAUGUGGUGCACAUACAUGCAGACGAAACAUAAAAUGUUGUUAAAAACAACAACAGAAACAGUACUGGAGAGAUGGCUGUUCCUCCAGAGAGCCAGGAGUUGAAUUCACUGCACCACAUGGUGCCCACAACCAUCUGCAGGCACUAGGCAUGGGUGUGGUACACACAUAUAUACGUAGGCAAAACACCCAUACACAGAAUUUUAAGGACUUAUACAGUCUGAUUUCUGUCAAUUUGCCAAAUGUUAUUUUAAAAUACCGUAAGUCAAAAAUGCAUUAAUCCAGCUUAUCUGUGAAAUAUGCUUAGCCUAGCCUAUCUUAAAUUCAGAAAAAUUAUGUAGCACAAAGUAUAUUUUAUAAUAAAGCCUUAAAUAUUUCA